AUGCUCUUGACGGGCUACAUGAAUGAAUCGGAGAGUGAAUCAACAAGUGAAAAGGGUGAGAAGACUGAUUCCAGCGGAUCAGGAUCAGGAAGUGAAAGUGACAGUGGUUCGAGUUCCUCUGGUUCUGCAUCUGGUGCUAACUCUGGAUCAGAAAAAUCUUCAAAUGCUGGUCGCUCUAACUUCAGUGAUGAUGGAAAAUCUUCACCAAAGGAUAGCCAUGCAAACUCCUCAAAAUCAGACCACCACACCGACAAGGAUUCAUCAGAUGAUAGUAUAAAGCAUAAAUCAAGGAAUAAUCAUGACAAAAUAUGGGAAGACAAUCCUGAUAUUUAUGGUAUAAGAAGAUCAGCCAGGUCAAGAAAGGAACCAGAUAGAUUAAAAUUAGCAGAUAGUGAUUCUAGCGAUAAAGGAAGAAGUAGCCAUAGACGAGGUAGAAAGAAGAGUGACUCUUGGAAUUCAGAUACCUCUGAUAGUGAUAGUGAUGUUAAGGGAUCACCACCACCUCCCUCCAAACGGCCAGGCCAAAGGGGAGUGCCCUUAAGAAAAAAGAAACCAGCAAGAAGAAAACGAUUCACUAGUGAUGAAGAUGAAAGUACUGAAGCGUCUGAUGAAGAUACCAAAAGUCGUACAGCUACACGUCGGACUGGUGCAGCUGUUAGUUAUAAAGAAGCAAGUGAUGAACAAACAGACUCUUCAGACUUAUUAGAAGUUGAUGGCGUUGAAGGUGAGGUGGAAGCUGAACCUGAACCUGAAGAACAUAGUGAAACAAUAGAAAAAAUUUUGGGCUUUCGACGUGGGAAAAAAGGAGUCACGGGAAAUGUGACUACAGUUUACUAUAUCGAGGAAAAUGGUGAUCCAAAUCAUGGCUGUGAUCCUGAUGAUGAAGAAGCGACGGAACCACAGUACCUGAUAAAGUGGAAGGGCUGGUCUCAUAUUCAUAACACUUGGGAAUCCGAAAAUUCUCUAAACGAACAAAAAGUAAAGGGUCUUAAAAAAUUAGAGAAUUUUAAGAAAAAAGAAUCCGAGCUGUCGUGGUGGAGGAAGCAAGCUGGACCAGAGGACAUUGACUACUUUGAGUGUCAGUCAGAGCUGCAACAAGAAUUGGUCAAAUCCUAUAAUUUUGUAGAAAGAAUAUUUGCUGAACAAACACGUGAGCUUGAGGGCGGAGGGACUGCUCACGAAUAUUUCUGUAAGUGGGAAUCACUACCAUACGCCGAUGCAACUUGGGAGGAUUCUGCUCUUAUUGAAAGAAAAUGGCCAGAAAAAGUUCAAAACUUUAAGUCGAGAGAGGCUGCAACAACAACUCCUUCUAGACAUUGCCCAGUUCUGAGGAGAAGGCCUAAAUUUCACCAAGUCAAAGAACAGCCAGAAUAUAUGGGUAAAGACAAGUCAUAUGAAUUAAGAGAUUAUCAAAUGGAUGGCUUGAACUGGUUGAUACAUUCCUGGUGUAAAGAUAAUUCUGUUAUUCUUGCCGAUGAAAUGGGUUUAGGUAAAACUAUUCAGACUAUAUGUUUUCUAUAUUAUCUAUUUAAAUCUCAACAAUUAUAUGGUCCAUUCCUGUGUGUAGUACCUUUGAGUACAAUGACUGCAUGGCAGCGGGAAUUCAUACAGUGGGCACCAGAUGUUAAUGUAGUCACUUACAUUGGUGAUGUUUCUAGUAGAGAUAUAAUUAGGCAGUUUGAGUGGAGUUUUGCUAGUUCUAAAAGGCUGAAAUUCAAUGCAAUACUAACUACAUAUGAAAUUUUACUAAAAGAUAGGCAGUUUUUAAGAUCCUUCAGUUGGGCCUGUUUGCUAGUUGAUGAAGCUCACAGGCUAAAAAAUGAUGACUCCCUCUUAUAUAAGGCUCUGAAGGAGUUUGAUACGAAUCACAGGCUUCUUGUGACUGGUACACCUUUGCAAAAUUCUCUUAAAGAAUUGUGGGCGUUACUGCAUUUUAUUAUGCCAUACAAAUUUGAGUCAUGGGAAGAAUUCGAAAAAGAUCACGAAGAUGCAGCUACAAAGGGCUAUGAAAAACUACACAAACAAUUAGAACCAUUUAUUUUAAGGCGACAGAAAAAGGAUGUUGAAAAAUCUCUACCCGCUAAAGUUGAACAAAUAUUGAGGGUUGAAAUGACUUCAAUACAAAAGCAAUAUUACAAAUGGAUAUUAACAAAAAAUUACAGCGAGCUGCGAAAAGGUGUAAAGGGGUCAACAAAUACCUUUAUCAAUAUUGUCAUUGAAUUAAAAAAAUGCUGUAAUCAUGCCCUGUUAACGAAACCUGAAGAUUUUGAGUCUCGUGCCUCCCUUGCCACAACCGACGCAGUAGAGAAACUAUUAAGAGGAUCAGGAAAAUUACUUCUAUUAGACAAAUUAUUGUGUAGGUUAAAAGAAACGGGUCAUAGGGUAUUAAUUUUCUCGCAAAUGGUUAGAAUGUUAGAUAUAUUAGCAGAAUAUUUACAAAGGAGGCACUUUCCGUUUCAAAGACUCGAUGGUAGUAUAAAAGGAGAACUAAGAAAGCAAGCUUUGGACCAUUUCAAUGCAGAAGGUUCUCAGGACUUCUGCUUUCUGUUGUCGACGCGCGCCGGUGGCUUGGGAAUUAACUUAGCAACAGCGGAUACUGUUAUUAUAUUCGAUUCUGAUUGGAACCCUCAAAACGAUCUCCAGGCCCAAGCGCGAGCUCAUCGUAUUGGACAGAAGAAUCAGGUCAACAUUUAUCGGUUGGUAACUGCCAGGUCUGUGGAAGAAGACAUUGUAGAGAGGGCUAAACGAAAGAUGGUACUAGAUCAUCUCGUCAUUCAAAGAAUGGACACGACGGGCCGCACUGUACUCAACAAACGGGAUGCCUCUGGAACCAGUGCUAAUAAUCCAUUCAAUAAGGAAGAUCUUAAUGCUAUAUUAAAAUUUGGUGCUGAAGAACUCUUUAAAGAUGAUGAUGAAAACGACGAGGACCCUGUGUGCGAUAUAGAUGAAAUUUUACAACGAGCUGAGACUCGCGACGAAGGCCCGACGAUGGCGGGAGAUGAACUUCUGUCUGCAUUUAAAGUUGCUAGUUUUGCAUUUGACGAAGAAAAAGCGGUAAUGGGAGCAAAGAAAGAUGGAGCAGAAGAGGACACCAAAGAUUGGGAUGACAUCAUUCCGGAAAACGUGCGUAAAACGCUUGCAGAAAAAGAGAAAACAAAAGAAAUGGAAGAUUUGUAUUUACCACCGCGUAGAAAAGCGCAACAAAAUAACUUAGAUAACAAAGGCGGUCGUAAGAGACGGGGCCGAGGGGGCGAUAGUGCGGAAGGCGCUGAGGGGGUGGAUGGCGAUGGCGAAGCCGACAAUGAAUCUGAUAUCUCUGAUGGUGAUGUAAGCGCCGAUGAUGAUCGGCCGAGGAAACGUGGGCGGCCUCCCGCCAGCCACAGGGAAAAGAUAAAAGGCUUCACAGAUCAAGAGAUAAGACGAUUCGUGAAGAGUUAUAAAAAAUUCUCGGCGCCUUUGAAACACUUGGACAGCAUAGCGUGUGAUGCAGAGUUACAGGAGAAACCAUUGGCCGAUUUAAAGAAAUUAGGUGAAAUUUUACAAGACAGGUGUAGAUCUGUACUGAACGAUACCGCCGAUACAUCAAAUGAUCACAGCGACGGGCGGAAAAAUGCACGAAAGUCGUUUAAAUUGGGCGGCGUGUCUGUGAACGCUAAAACGAUGGCGGCGUGCCAAGACGAACUCGCGCCGUUAGACGAGUUUCUUCCUGAAACUAAGGAAGAGAGGCUGAAAUGGCAAUUAGACUUCAAAACCAGACCAGCAAAUUUCGACGUCGAUUGGGGCGUCGAGGAUGAUUCUAAACUGCUAGCGGGCAUUUACCAAUAUGGUAUGGGAUCCUGGGAGGCUAUAAAAAUGGAUUCAUCCUUUGGAAUAGGUGAUAAAAUAUUAACAAAUGAAGAUAAGAAACCGCAAGCCAAGCAUUUACAGUCGAGAGCCGAUUAUUUACUUAAGCUUAUUAAAAAGCUGCUCGAUCAGAAAAAUGGCAAGCAGAAGCAGAGGAAGCCCCGAAUGAAGAAAGGCAUCAAGGAGCCAGUAACAAAAGACACCGUCGAAGAUGAGGGAAGUUCAGGCGAUGAUCAUAAGAAGAACCACAAGGGUGGAAAGAAUGAUAGGGGUAAACUAAAAAUGGAGGAGGUUUUGACUCACGAUGAAACGUCAUGCGAUAGAAAGGAAAAGGACAAGAAACGAUCAAAAAAAGACGGAAAAGAUCGGAGUAAAAAUGAUAAAGUUAAAAAAAAUAAAAAGCCUGCAGGUCCCAUGCAUUUCACUGCGAAUAAUGAGCCGCGGGCUUUAGAAGUUUUAGGGGACUUGGAUCCUUCAGUCUUUGAAGAGUGUAAGGAAAAGAUGAGACCUGUAAAAAAGGCUCUAAGGGCCCUCGACAAUCCCGAUCAAACACUGUCAGAAUCAGAACAGGUGUCCAGAACGAGAGCGUGUCUCGCUCAAAUCGGAAACCAAAUCGACAUCUGUUUAGAGGCUUAUCCAGAUCCCGAGAAGAAGGUCGAAUGGAGAAGUAAUCUCUGGUACUUUGUGUCAAAGUUCACGAAUUUUGAUGCAAAACAAUUAUAUAGAUUGUAUAAGUUUGGACUGAAAAAGAGCGAUACGAAACACAAAGAGGGGAAACACAAAGAAAAUCUUAAGGCAAACUCUAGAAACAAUUUUAAUUCAAAUAAUCAUGUAAAAUCUUUCAAAAAAGACAAUAAGAUUGACGAAAACUUGGAUCGCAAAGAGAAGCGACCCCGACUCGAGAAGAAUGAUAAAAACAACGAUAAGGCUGCACACGCUUCGGGUGUUAAGAGGAAGUUGGAGGAGGGCGAGUGUGACCCUGAACCUAAUGAAAAUAAGAGGCAUGAAAGACAUAAGCACAAGCAUAAGGAUCGCAAGUGUAGGGAUGGAAGUCUGAAGCGAGAUGAUUUGUCCUACAGGGAGAGGAGCCGCAGCGAGCGGGAGCGCGAGAGGGACCGGGACCGAGAUCGGGAUAGAGAACGAGAAAGGGACAGAGACCGGGAUCGGGACCGAUCGAGAACGAGACGGGACAGCGGAGGAGGCGGGCCCCGGGUGCGCCAACCCUACGCUCACCCUCACCCGGAACACGCCGCCCACGGGCACCCACCCCACUCGUCGCAUCCCACGCACGCGGGCUGGACACCUCCGGCUUAUCCUGGGCCUAGGCAAUACCGGGGCGAUCGAAACCCUAGGACACACGAUAAGAGAAGCAGGUUCGGGGGCUACCCUCCCAUGGCCGGACCGUACAGCGGUUACUACGAAGGCGCCACCAUGCCGGGAGGCAUGGGCUUCCCGCCCGCGAGGCCGUACCCUGACGACUGGCGUGGGUACGCGCAGCCAGAGUACCCCUACGACGACCGGGAGUACGAACGCGAGGUGUACAGGAGGGACUAUGAUCGCCGCGCGCCACCCACGUAG